CUCCAAUUGAUGAUAAGGAUAUAGGCGGGGUUUUUCUUACAGGUUGUGACAUUAAACAGCCUUUAAUCAAAAGGAAGUCGCCAACGCUCUGUUUGAAGUGUUUUUUAUUAGCUGUUGAGAUUGCCCUUCAUGUCUCACAGCACGUACAAUAAACUCUGGGCUGAUGCCCAGAUCGAGCUGAAAAGCCUCCUAGUUCUGGAGCUCCCUGCGCAAACAGCACGUCCGGAGAAAGACAGAGUGGUCUUCUUCCAGCGUCUGGCUACUCUGUAUGUACGUUAUGUUCAAAUUUUUAGACACCUGGAAGAGACGUAUGACCAGACCAUACACCCUCAGAAAAGACGCGUGAUUCGUACAGUGCUUGACAGCGUAAUGGGUCGGGUGGUGGAACUCAAAAAUGAGAUGGUGGAGAAAGAGUUUUCUGAGUAUCAUUACAUGGAUGAUGUUAUUCAGGACUUAAAACUGACACCUGAGGCCAUUGAGAUUCCCAUUCCAAGAUAUUUCAAAAGUGAAAGGAAUAAAGUACUGCAGGACAGAGCUAAGAUGCUCUCCAACAUCCUUGACUCAAUGGGAGUGGUGACCAAACCUGAAGCCACAAGAGGCCAGACACUGAAUUUUGAGGAGGCCAUUAAGGUCAUCCAGGUGGCUGAGAGAGCCAGGCAGGGCCGACUGCGCGCUAAAUUCAUGAGAGAGAUCCAGCGUGAUGAAGAGAGACAGAGGAGGGCCAAGGACCGGGACCUGGGCACAGAUGCCAUCGAACAGGCGGUGGUUCGGAUUCAGAAGGUGUGGAAAGGUUUUGUGCAAAGGAAGAAAACCAAGAGGGAGCGUGAAGAGGAGAUGAUAUUUUUGGGCAUGGUCAUGGGCUCACAUGAUAGCCAGCCACUUAGCUACGCCGCCACGGUUCUUGGCAACAAAGCCCGGCGGCGGCUGAAGCAGAGUGACUAUGAGGAGGACUACAAGAAGGCCAUCACCACCAUCACAGACAAAAUCAGAGACCUGGAGGGGCCAGACAUCAAGGAGACCAUGAAGGACCAGAUCCGCCAGUGGUUCAUUGAAUGCCACGAUGCAACAGGCUCCUUUCCUGACUACCCAGAGGAGGAAGACGGAGGUUCAGCUCUUAUUUUCAUUGAAAAAACUCCACAGCAGUUAAUGGAGGAGCUGGCAGCAAAGGAGGAUGAGGAUGCCAACAAGAAGCCCAAGGGAAAGGAUGAGAAGAAGGAUAAAGGGAAGAAAGAUAAGGGAAAAGGCGGCGAAGAGGAGGAAGAGGCUGGGUUGAAGAUGCUGCCGUCUCAUUUUUUGGCAGACCUUGAGGCCGGACAGAAAACCUUCAUUGACGUGUGGCAGAAUCGCGACGAGGGCAAAAACUUCCAUCAGAGGCAUGAUGUGGAGCUGAUCAAGGAGAAGAAGAGGAUGGAGGUGGAGGCAGAGAUCCGACUGCAGGUGGAUGAGCUGAUGAGGCAGGAGCUGGCUAAUUGGAAGUUGGCCGUAGAUAAAGAUAAAGGCGGCAAGGCCAAGGGAAACGCCAAGAAAAAGAAAGGGGCCAAAAGCGCCAAGAAGAAAAAGAAAGACAAGGACUUGACAGCAGAUAGGGCUAUGGAGUCCUUGUUUCAGGAGCUCGUGCAGCAAGGGCUUCUGAAGCGUGCCGAUGAUGUCAAACUUGACAACUAUUUAGGAGACUAUAGUUACCUGGGAACGACACUAAGGCAUUCUGACAUCGAGCCCAUGCCAUCCCUGUCAGAUGUGCGACAGCUCAUGGCCCUCUAUGGCGUACUACCACUGGGCUCUCACGAAGUGCAUGAGAAGGCGCCCCUGAUCAAGGCCAUGCUUCUUGCAGGACCUGCAGGUGUGGGCAAGAAGAUGUUGGUCCAUGCCAUCUGCCAAGAGGUUGGGGCAAACCUGUUUGACCUCUCACCUCUGAACCUGGUCGGAAAAUACCCGGGCAAGAGUGGCCUGCAGAUGAUGCUUCAUAUGGUGUUUAAGGUGGCACGAGCAUUGCAGCCCUCAGUUGUAUGGAUAGGAGAUGCUGAAAAGAUGUUUUAUAAGAAAGUGCCCAAGGAGGAAAAAGAGUUAGAUCCCAAGCGUUUAAAGAAGGACUUGCCAAAGAUCCUCAAAACCAUUAAAGGCGAAGACCGAGUCCUUAUCAUUGGGACAACUCGAGAGCCAUUCAAUGCUGACAUCAAAGCCUUCUGUAAGGUCUACAGCAAGAUCAUACUUAUUCCGCGUCCAGACUAUGCAUCCAGAUAUGUGAUAUGGCGGCAGUUCAUUGAGAAAUAUGGUGGCCAGGUGACCAGUGCCCUGGACCUUAGCACCCUGGCAAAGAUCUCGGACGGGUAUACGCAGGGUCACAUGGUGAAGGUGGUGCAGGGCAUUCUGACGGAGCGCCGGGCCCAGCAGCUGGCCAAGAAGCCCCUGACAGCCGCCGAGUUCAUUGUCCCACUCGCCAAGAUCGACCCCGUUUUCCAGGACGAGGAGGAGGCCCUGAAGGCUUGGUAUGCUAAGACUCCCCUGGGUAAGAAGCGAGCCAAGGCAGCCUCUGGAAAAGAGGAAGAGCCGGCAGCCAAGGGAGGCAAAGAUGCCAAGAAGAAGAAAAAGUAACUCAAUCCACACCUUCAUCAUCUCACUGACCCAGCCCAAUUUGGACAUCGGGGGAAAAAAAUAAACACACCUUUAUUCUUUUUGCAAAAGCUUUGUUGACUAUGUAAAUUAUUUUUAAAGUCAUGUCUAAAUCUGAAGCUACUGCUGACCGCAGUGUCCAUACUUUGAAGCAGUGUUAUUACUCUGUGGGGUGGGGAAUUUCCACAUAGAUAAUGAGCAGCCUUAUUUUGCUGAGCGACUAAAGCCAGUGAAGUAAUUGAAGUCUAUUAAUGGUUCUGUAACACAGCCCUUAUUUAAAGAGAGUGACUGCCCUGUAUAUAUAUGUGAGGGUGCAAACUCUCCUGUGAACAAGGUCACUUGGCUCACCUGAUGCUGUCAUCAUGUUGUCUGCAUGUCAUGAAAUCGUCUGACUUCCUCAAAAGACAUUUGUGAAGCGAAGACUGUUGGUAUUGCAAUCCUGUGUGGUUGCUGACCAGUUGUUUUAAGUUGUUACGUUGUUUCUCUGUAAAAGAUUCCACUCUUUAAGAUGCGUUUAGUCCAUGUUUGGUGUUGUUUGUAACAUCCCACAGGGUGGCUUGGGAGAUGAAGUGCUCUCAUGAAUAAAUCUGCCUAUUUUCAAAAA